AUCAUUCAAAAUAAGAUUAAAAAUAAAUAAAUAAUAGACUGUAAAAAAGACAUUUUCAAAGUUGUAAAUUAAACUAAAAUUACUGCAGUAUAUUUUCUAAGAAAAUACUUCAGACUUUCUACGUCAGAAUUUUAUGUUUACUGUAAUUCAAUGUGUUACUAGUUUGUUGUAAUUAUUUUUCAAAUUUACCAGCAGUUUUUGAGUGAAAAAUCCUUUUUUUUAUGGAGUCAAUUUUAAUUUUAUAUUGACUAAAUCAUUAGACCUGUCUGGAUGGGCUUCUUAGAUUAAACAGAAACCGAAAACAAGUUUAUUAUGUGACAACAGAAAAUGAAAUUUAAAUAUAGUUAAAUGGCAUAGAGUUCAAAGUGGUUGUGGUUCCCCUUUUAAAAAUGAAAUUAAAGACAUUAUUUUAUUACUAAAGAGAGAGGAAUAUCCCUUCACUUUUGAACUAGCUCGUCAUCAUUUAUGAAAAAAACAAAGCUGAUGAGUCACUAUUAAACACAGAUUAUACGCCUCUUUUGUGAGCGUGUGUGUUCAUGUGGGUGUAUUUGUGACGUUGAGGAACUUACAAAUGUCGCUUCACGUGUGAGCUCUUCAGAUUUUGUAGACUCAGCUCACUAUAGAGCAGAUCAGUAUUCUGUCAGAGACGUGUGUGUGUGUGUGAAGUGUGUUAACAGACGGCUUGUCAGGAGGAUGAAGCUGAUCCUUGGACUGAUCCUGGUUGUGUCUGUCCUGGUUCUGGCUGCAGGACACAUUGUGGAAUCUGGAUGUCAGGACUUUAACUUUGAUUUGAAGGACUCCAAUAGAAAGUGCUGUAAGAAGUGUAAACCAGGAAACCGUCUUGUCGCUUCUUGUGGUGAAGAUCCAAACGCUUUGUGUACUCCGUGUGAUAAAGACAAGUUUAUCGCUGAUGGAAACCCAAUGGUGUGCAUGAUAUGUGAUAAGUGUUCAGGUAAAAACAGCCAGGUGAAGGUGAACUGCACCGCCAGCAGCAACACAGUUUGUGAGUGUAAAGCAGGAUAUCGAUGUUCUUCUGACAAAUGCUCUAGAUGCAUUGAAGAGUGUGGCAAGGGACACCAGCCCAGUGCAACAGGCUGUGAGCCAUGUCCUCCAGGGACGUACAAUGACAAGAUCCAUCAAUACUGCGGAAACUGGACCAAAUGUAUGCAGCCAGACAAUCAAAUAAUUGUGCCUGGAAAUGCAUACACGGAUGUAAUCUGUGGCCCUAAACAAGACACCAAACCAACAGUGCUGCCUGCAAAUGACACAGAAAGUGAGGUCACUGUUAUUCUCAUCAUCUUUGGGCUCAUCGGCAUAGCAGUACCUCUUGCUACAAUCCUCUUCCUGGAGUGGAGAAGAGGAAAGGCCACUCAGAAACCCCAUGUUGAAAAGGAAACUCAUGCAGCAGGAGAACAGACUCAAGUGUCUCUUCUUGAUGAGCCAAGCUUCUGUUUUCCUCAGCAGGAGCACGGCGGUAGCAAUCAGAGUUCGACGGCCUCGCUGGUCUCACAGGAUAUCAGGCCUCUGGAAGCAUGAACUUGUGUUGUGUAGCAAGUUGAACAUAAAUCAGCGUUAAUUUGUAGUUAUAUGCAUAUAUGUAUAAUAUCAAUGUAAUUUGUAAUUUAUUUACUGAAUUCUACUGGAAUCCUGUCAUUAAAACUGCAUUCAUGAUGUUUGUGCCAUUUUGUUGCUAUUAAAGUAGCUGAAGUAUUUAAAAUGUCGAAUGUACCAUGUUUUCUUAUUAUGCCCAUGUUCUGAAACAAUAAAUUUUGUACUUAGUUUACUGCUAAGAAUCAAACCUUUUUGAAAUGUCCGCAGAUUACUUUUAUUAUGACAACAUGUAAGAUGUUAACAGAAAAAGAGGGGAAAAAUUAAAAUAUGAAAGCUCA